AUGAAGGUGUUCAAGGCUGUGUCGUUCCUCGCGGCAGUGCAAGCUGUUGCUGCGACUCCAAUUACAGACUUCUCGGAUCUUUCAGAUGCUGCACAAGCCAACAGUACUUUCUCAUGGGAUAAGAAUACCUUUUACAUUGAAGGAAAGCCAUACUCAAUCAUCGGUGGCCAGAUCGACCCCCAGCGUGUCCCACGUGCUUAUUGGCCACAACGCCUUCAGAUGGCUAAGUCGAUGGGACUCAACACCAUAUUGUCGUACGUGUACUGGCAAGACAUCGAACAGCAUCCUGGUCAGUUCGACUUCACCGACAAGAAUGAUAUAGCGGCAUGGUUUCAAGAAAUCCAGAAGGCCGGUAUGAAGGCUGUGCUUCGUCCGGGACCUUACGUCUGCGCCGAGCGCGACUGGGGCGGUAUGCCUGGAUGGCUUCCCCAGAUAUCUGGCAUGAAGCAUCGCUCCAACAAUGGUCCUUUCCUCGACGCGACAAAUAAAUAUCUUACCAAAGUUGGUGCACAACUUCAACCACUUCUCAUCGCGAAUGGCGGACCUAUCCUCAUGGUACAAGUCGAGAACGAGUACGGCUGGGCGGGCAGCGAUCAUACAUACACGAACAAGCUCGCAGACAUCCUCAAGGCCAACUUCCCAAACACAAAGCUGUACACGAACGACGCGAACAAUGCAGGCGCAUUAAAAAACGGGCAGGUGCCUGGCGCUCUUGCUGUAUUUGAUGGCACUGAUAUGAAGAAUGGUGUCACAACGCUCAGAUCGGCCAUCACAGAUGCCAGCAGCAUUGGACCAGCCAUGAAUGGUGAGUACUGGAUCCGAUGGUUUGACAACUGGGGACCCAAGAAUGGACACAGCUCAUACGAUCGCGACACAAAUGGCAUGCAAGGCCGCGCAAACGACCUGGACUGGAUGCUCACCAACGGCCAUCAUUUCAGCAUAUUUAUGUUUCACGGCGGUACAAGCUUUGCCUUUGGAGCUGGUUCUGGAGAUACCACGCCGCGCACACCGUUCACCACAAGUUAUGAUUAUGGCGCGCCGCUUGACGAGACUGGUCGACCUUCUCAGAUUUACAACUACUUCCGCACUGCGAUUGCGAAGCAUGUCUCCAACAUUCCUGCUAUUCCUUCCACUCCUGCACUGGCUUCUGUUUCUGAGUUCGCUUUGACGCCGAUGCUGGGCAUGUUCGACAACCUGCCUACGAACCCUCGGACCUCGUCCUCGCCGCUCGUCAUGGAAGCCACCGGCCAGGUGUUCGGCUACAUUCUCUACGAGUCAAUCGCAACGGGUAGUUCCUCUGGCCGCCUACAACCAGGCAAUGGCGCCGCACGCGACCGCGUGAUCGUCUACGUCAACGGCCAAAAGAAAGGCGUGAUCGAUUCAAUCUACAAGAACCCCAGCACGGUGAACAUAAGCCUAAACAAGGGCGACAAGCUUUGGCUCCUUGUGGAGAACCUGGGGCGCGCUGAUAACGGCUUCUCGGACCAGAGCAAGGGUGUGUCCGGUGAUGUGACGGUAGGCGGGACGAAAAUCAUCGGUUGGAAUCACUACAACUUCCCGCUUGACAGCGCACCUAAUCUCAGCGGAUCAGCCAAGACCGUAUCUGCAAACAGCCCGCCUGUUUGGUAUCGCGGGACUUUCAAGACGUCAAAUUCUGGCAUGGCUGCCGACACUUUCCUGCAGUUGCCGGGAGGCGUCAAAGGUGUGGUCUUCGUGAACGGAUACAACCUGGGGAGGUACUGGACAAUUGGACCGCAGCAGGAGUUGUUCGUGCCUGGCGCAUAUUUGAAACAAGACGCAGAUAAUGUGGUCAGCGUGUUGGAGUUGGAACCGGGGACUGCGGCGAGAUCUGCAAAGGGUGUGGUGCAGAGGACAUGGAAGAACAAUCCCGAUCCGGAUUGCAAUGGCUGCUCAUGA